AAUAGUUCAGUCGGUUGAGCUGUAAGGGCAAACAUCCUGCCUUCUACAGCUCAAUCCACACUUCAAAUGAACCACCGUCUGCUCUGUGAUGACAGUGAGGUUGUUUCACCAGGAGCUUUGCUGUGUUUUGGACAUUUAUCCUGUAUGCCACAGUUUGAGGUUUUCCAGCCGGGCAUCGUUGUGACAGCUGCUCAUGGAGGAUCAUCGUUAGCCCUGGACUCGGUAGGAUUUCACAUGGAGGAAGCUUACAAGGAGGAAGGCUCGCGUUAUGGUUUUAAUAUCAUUUAAAGUCAAACCCAUGUGUGAUGUAAGGCUGGAGGGGGUGGUGCCUAUAUAAAGUUGAUCCAGGCAGUCUCCUGGAUUAUUGCAUUUUCAGUGGACAUGGUAAUAUUUUUCCACACAGCCCAUCAAAAACCUUGGCUUCUAUCUCUUUAUAUUUUUUACAAAAAUGGCUGACAGUUCAGUAGCUGACAAGCUCUGCAAUGCCUCUGCCAAUGGAAAUCUACCUGAAGUGUUGUUUUUGCUGGAAAAUGGAGCAGAUAUUAAUGGAUUUAAUAAAUUCAACAGAACUGCACUGCAGGUCGUGAAGUUGGGGAACCCCGCCUUGGUUCAGGCUCUUCUCGUGGCGGGGGCAGACCCCAGCGUGCGCGACCCCGUCCUCAGUCUCACAGUGAUGCACGACGCCGCACGCGAGGGAUUCGCAGACUCGGUGCGCGUGCUGGUGGACCACGGGGCAGACACCAACGUCGUAGAUGAGCAUGGUAACCUGCCGUUGCACCUGGCCGCCAAGGAGGGCCAUCUGGAGGUGAUCCAGCUGCUGAUCGGGCUCACCGCGAACCCCCAAGCGCCCAACGAUCUGGGCUACACGGCGGCGCAGCUGGCGUUCAACCACGGGAAGAUGGACACCGCCAACUACAUCCAAGAGUAUCUGAGCUCAUGUGCAGUAGAAGAAGAGGAGGAGGAGGACAAAGACGAAAACUUCUGCCUUUCUGCUCACGUGUUUUUGCUAACAUUUUAUUCUAUAUUUCCUAAAAUGGCUUAAUAAACCCGCUGCAAUUAGAAACAGUGAGUGUACUGGUUUUGAUAUUCACACAUUUAAAGUACAUUUGUAUAUGCUGUUUGGAGAGAAAGGGGAGACCAAGCAAAUGUUUCUAAGUUCAAAAAAUAUAUAAUUUUGUGUACCAAAAUAAAAAAUAAUGUACAAUAAUAUUGAUUCAUAUAUGGUUCAUAAUGUUUAGUUUUGGAGUCUUGUUUGUGACCAGUACAGACAAAGUCACAGAGAGAAGUUGAAAGUAGAUGUUGGUUUUAAGUUCAGGAAGGAACUAAAAAGUAACAGUUGUCAAAAUGAAUCUGAUUAGAUCAGAUUAGACUUCAGACAGGGCCGAUUCCAUUGAUCAACAAUGAAGUAAACUGGCGUGAAUUACUACACCACUACAAUCUAUGGUCAGGUUAUGACACAUUUAAUAUUUAGGUCACCCAUAUAGAAAAACAUGAGGUGGAUAAAAUGCUAUAAACACCGCAUUCUCACCAGGGGUCAGAUAGAUAAUGUGACAUGAUGAAAGGCAACAACAAAUAUCCCUGCUUGAUCACAUUUCUAACAAUGUGUGUGUGUGUGUGUUGACUUCAGCAUUAUCUGACAUUUAUUGUCCUGUGACCCUCUGCACAACUUCCCUUUUUUGACUCCUUAAAAAAAAAUUAUGUGUGCAUGUGUGACUCAGUGAGUGUGCAUGGGCAGCUAGAUUAAAAGUCAUUGUGCAAGAUUAGUGACAGCCAAGGGAGGUAUAGCAGAAGAAUAAACGCCCGAAAGUGCCAUUUCCUGUAGCCUUGAAUCAAGUGCAAAAAAGCUGCUCUUUCACUAUAAAGCUCAGUUUGUGUUGCACAAUUACAUAUAAAAAUACUAGUUCUUCAUUUGGUUCUUCGCUGUCAGUAGUAACAUAAAUUAUAGUAGACAGAUAAAAUGCAAAAGUGUACAUAUUGCAUAUUUGGAGGUCACAUGAAGGCUGGAUCACAGGGAAGGACAGGCCCUGGUGUGCUAGUUGAGCAGCUGACAGUUUAUUACUGUUUGCACCUGGAUUAGGGCGUUCCCUUUGUUCUUUGUUUUUGAAGGCGUUGAGGGAGUUUGUUUCAUUUGAUAUUCCAAAUUAUGUUUUACUCUGUCAUUGUAAAUUGUGGGCUACAGCAUAUUUCAGCAUAUUUUAAUUCUGAUAUUAUAAUGCUCUGUUAAAGUAGGGAUGCAUUGAUAUACUGAUUGAUGCGACUCAGUUGUUGAGUGAUUUCUGUGUUCAAGCUUAUGUGAUAGAAUUUAAUUUGUGUCUAUUUUAAUUGUUGAAACAAAAGCACUCAACUGAACAUCGCUUAGAGUUAAAGAAAAACAAUAAAUGCUUUCAUAUGGACUCUGCUGAUGCUUCUAUGCUCAUAUUAUAUCAUUAAGUGGAUUUAAGAACACACUAAACUGGUCUGAAUAAAAUAAAUUUAAAAAAUCAA